GCCAGUUUCCCAGACACAGAUUAAGUCUAGUCUUGGACCUUAAAGAACUUUCUAUUGAAACUUCCAUUGAGCAUGCUUUUUAGUCCAGCACUAGACUCAAUCUGUGUCCAGGAAACAGGCCCCAUAUGUAUUACUGACAUGCUUGUCCUUGUUCAGGACUCCACACACUGGCUUCAGAUUGAACCCUUGACUUCCACUGUCCAGGGAGUGACAAUGUUCAGGCACAGGACACCCAAAGGGAGUUAUGAGUGCACAGUGUCUGGGCUCCGCUGGCUGUGUGAGAGAGAUGUCAUUCUGAAGUAUCACUUCAGGAACUGGGAACCCUACAGUCACCUUCUGAAAGACAUGCAGUACACACAAGGUGGUCCAUUGCUGGACAUCACUAUGGAGUUAGGUGAACUGGAGGAAGUUCAUCUGCCACACUGUGUCUGUUUAGGGACCAACCCUUCCCUGAGGAAUGAGAUGAAGAUUCUUCAUGUAGAGGAACAUGGAGUGUCUUUAGAGGAAGUGCAUGAGGUCACCAGAUUCCAUGCUAAGAUUCUCCAUCCCAAGUUCUCAGUAAUCUCUCUGAUACUGAGAUUACUGUCUUGGAACGUAGAUGUCCACUGUGAGCUGAUGCUCUAUCUGACAGUGAAAAAGGAAACACUAAUUCCACGCCUAUACCUGUUCCCCAGUAACCCCGGCCAAAUGCAGGCUGUGGAACAACAGGAAUCAAAGUUUCAAGGGUCUUCAAGGAUUCUCAUCUCAAGACCAGAGCAGUCCUUCAAACUGAAUAGUUCCUUCAGACUGAACAUUCCCUGUUCUACCUCCAUCAAUCCACCGAGGAUUCAGCUCAUACAUAGAGACACCACACCAAGCUUUUUCAGAGCGGUUGUGAAAAUGACAGGGAUUGACAUUGAGAUGGAGUUAUUCAGUGAUGAUGAGAGGACAGUAUGGAAAGAAAUUGUAUUACGAGAUGAAUACAUCUCUGACACCCAUUCAACAACAUUAAUACUCAUUGGGAUUCCUGCUGAGGAGUUUCUUCAGAAUCACAGGGCUAUACUCAUUCAGGGAGUCAAAAACGCAAAGCCAAUAGCAGAUGUUCUGCGGUCGAAGAGCAUGAUUGGUGAUGAAGAGUACUCCAGAAUAAAAGCUGAAACAACUGAACAGGACCGAAUGAGAGAACUACUGAGAUCAGUCCUCCCUAAAGGACCAGAAGUGACGGGAGCUUGUCUCAAAGCUCUCAUUGAACAUGAACACCAUCUUGUUAAGUACUUGAGUGAAUCUAGCACAUAAUCUGAAGAUGCUGAGGCCUGUCUCCUAGUCUGUGGACAAAGACACUUCUUCACCUAAUCUGAAGAUGUUGAGGCCUGUCUCCUAGUCUGUGGACAGACACUUAUUCACCUAAUCUGAAGAUGCUGAGGCCUGUCUCCUAGUCUGUGGACAAAGACACUUCUUCACCUAAUCUGAAGAUGCUGAGGCCUGUCUCCUAGUCUGUGGACAAAGACACUUAAAUGAUUGUAAGGGAAAUGUUUAUGUUUGUGCUAUUCUUUUAACAAAUGUCUGUGUUUU